AUGUGGAUUGUUAAACCUGAAUGAAUUUUCCAUGGCGACACUCGCAAACUCCCAAUUCUAAGCAUAGACAUAGAGCCUGCUGGGGCGAGAUUUAUUACUGGGUCUAUGGACCACACAAUAAUCAUUUGGAAGCUAAGUGCAAUUAAUGACGAACAAGAAGAAGAAGUCCAAUUGUCCAUUUUAACACAACACUGUGGGCCUGUAAAUUGUGUGAGGUGAAGCCCGUCAUCACAAUAUUUUGCAUCAGGAUCUGAUGAUGGAAUUGUUAUUAUAUGAGAACAAGUCGAGGCGGGACUUUCAGAUAAUUUAGAAGAAUGGCGCUGCAUUUUAAGUUUACGUGGCCAUUCGUCAGAUGUUAAAGAACUCUCAUGAAAUAACUCACUCACGGAGGGGUUAAUUUUUUUUUUUUAAAACAUUUAUAUAUAAAUUUUAUAAAAAAUAUUUUUUUUCGAAAUUUAAAAAAAAAUCCUAAUUCGCGAAAAUUGGAAUUCAAAUGCUAAUUUAAUUUAUAAAAUUUAUGUUUUAAAAAACAAUUUGUUUAAAAUUAAACAGAAUUAGCACUAGAUUUCAUUAUGCUAGUUAUCACUUAUAUAUCAAAAUUUUUUUCCAUAAAAAAUUUUCUAUUAAAAAUAUUUUUGUUCACUCACGGGGGUGGGUUUUUGGGCAAAAAAUAGCGAUUUUUCUAAUGGUUUUGCUCACUCACGGAGGGGGGGAGUCAGGAACUUUAUUAGCGAGUGGGAGUGUUGAUAAUACAGUCAUUUUGUGAAAUAUUGUAUCGAAACAGCUAGCUCCGGCAAGGAUUCUGAAUGGCCAUGAAAGCUAUAUAAGCGGACUGGCAUUUGAUCCGAUGGAUAGAUAUUUAGCUACUGUAGGAGAAGAUAAGCAAUUAAUUAUAUGAAGCACAAAUGACUGAAAACAAAUCAAAAAAAUUUCUCAAAAUUUCAAUCAUGCCUCAAGCCAGCCUUUAAAGAGGUUUUCUUAUACCCCAGAUGGGCUAAAUUUAAUAUUGCCAGGCCCCAAAAAAUCAGCUUAUAAAUAUACAGCAAGUGUUUUAAAAAGUGACGAAUAUGAAAUAGAAAAAUACCUCGUUGGGCAUCUCCAAGCAAUUUCUGUAGCAGCAGCCAGCAAAGUGCUAUAUAAAAGUGAUAAAAAUCCUGUUUGAAUUGUAGCGCUAGGAGGUUAUGAUUCUGCUGUGUCAUUUUGGAAAAACGGAGAUAAUGAGCCUGUUGUAAUCAAAGAUAUUUUUGCAUGCUCAGUAGCUGAUAUUUCAUGGUCAAACGACGGCAAUAUGAUUCUAGCAUGCUCAAGUGAUGGAACAGUCGCUGCAAUAGGGCUUGAUGGAGAACUUGGAACUCCUUUAUCACAACAAGAAAUGAAUCAAUAUAUGUUUUCUCUCUAUGGAAGCCGCCCUCCUGUUCCAAUUGGUGGCCCACAUUCGCAUUCCCAUCACAAAAGGAUCGAGCCGCAACCUCUAAAUGAACAAAAGGAAGAACGAGUCCAAGGCGGCAAACGUCGAAUUCAGCCUGUUUUAUUAUCCACUCCACAAUCCACAGGUGGCGGUUUUCCACAAUCCCCACAGCAGCUUCCUCAAAUUUCUUCUCUACAACUGCCUCAAGCUUCUCUCAUAAGUAGCCCAAAUUUUCCUCAGCCCCAGCUCCGUAAUCCUAUAAUCAUGACCAGUCCAAACGCUCCGCCAGUUCCCGAUUUCAAAGACCUUCAAAACUUUUCUAUUCCUUUUUUCGCAUCUUUUUCAAAAGUAAUUAAUAAAGGUACUUCAAAAUCGUAUACAGAUGGGAUUUGUGAUAUGAAGAUGCUUGAAAUUUCACAGCUGAUUUCGGCUGAUGCAGAUAUGGUUGUGGAAUGUAUGGAAGUCAAGACACACCCCCAGUUUAAAUCUAUUAUAAGAUUUAGAGAAGGGAAUAAAACGUUAUGGCAACGAUAUUUACCACAUACUGCGAAUGUUUUGACUGGCAGUGAUGUAUUUAUAGCGGCAAUCACCGCUGAAGGAUUUUUAUAUUGUUUUGCUACAGGGUCUGGAAGACAAAUAAUGCCAGAAUUAUGCAUUGGAGCAGUUGAUUUUUUUGAAAGCAAUGGUGCAUUUUUAAUCGUGAUCUUAAAAGAUGGAAAAGUCCAAUGCUGGAAUAUAAAAAACCAGAGCAUUCAUCUAGAAAGUAAUAUCAAAAGCAUUGCAGGGCCUAUUGUAAAAGCUGUAUUGAAAGAAAAUGGAGAGGUUUUAAUAGAAAAUCAAGCUGGGGAAGGCUAUAUUUAUGAUCUAGAACUCCAUGCUUGGGCAAGAGUAAAAGAUCCUACUUUUAUACAGAAACCUGAUGAAAGGAUGAGUGGAUGGAACCCAGGAAGCAUUGAAGAAGUCCUCAAUGUGGAUUUGCAGACUUUUCAUGAUUUUUCACUUACAACGAUGGAAAUGCAGCUACUCAGGUUGAAAAAAUUAUGCUGAUUUAUUAAGAAUUUACUAUUUUUUAGAAUUAUAAUGGAAUAAUUUAUAGGUGAAAAGUUUUUAUAGAAAAAUUAAUUAUGCAGCAUUAUUUGCGUAUAUUAUAGGAUAUACAGAAGAAUAUGCUUAUAAUUUAGUAAGAUAUGCCCAAAUGCUUGCUGAUGGGAAAGAUAUGCUUAGACUCUGGGAUAUCUGUAUGGAACUUAAAAGAGCAAAUCAAAAUUUAUUGGCUUCGAUCAUGCCAAUCUUAAAUGCGAACCAGCUUCAAUUUAAAGGAAUUAAUUGUUAG